UAUAGCCGGUUUGACGUUACGACGAUCGCGACAGUUACAACCAGUUACAACAGUCACCAAAGUAGUACAACAAACAUGAAGAAUUGACGAGAUCAAUCAAGAUAGUACAAGAGAAAAUAUUAAUAAAUGAAAUCUGUUUUAACUUUCGAAGGUUUAAUUAAAAAUGGGAAAAAGACGAAUUAUGCAGAAUAGUGCAACGCCAACGCGCAGCGUAAAGAUUGAAAUCAAAGAUGAGUUUGGGGAUAAUGACGUUCUUGUAGCAAGGGAUCGACUGAAAGGUGCAUUAAGGGAAAUUUUACAUCAUAGUGACGAAGCAUCAUCAGCAGAUGACAGUGAAGAGAGCACUAUUCAAGAAUACAAGCUUCAAGUGAAAAAAAUUGCUGCAUUGUACAAGGGUAAACCGCCGAAUUACCAACAGACUCGAAAAACCAAGCGUCGUAGACAACUACCCAUUGAUCCGGCCUUUCAUCAUACCUAUGUAAUGAAACUUUUUGACAGAAGCGUUGAUUUAGCACAGUUCAAGGAGGAUACUCCUCUGUAUCCUAUCUGCAGAGCUUGGAUCGCUAAUCAACCUCGCAAUCCGAAUCUCGUUCCAAAAGUUCGGAGUGCGAGUCCAGAAAUCGUAAACGAAGAAAAUUUUGAGAAUCUGCUAAACGCUACGUCUGGUGAAAUCAGAGACAUUCACUUAUUACCACCUCCUUUACAACCAGAGGAAGCAUUUCCACGUAACCGAGUACCGUCACCUAUAUCACAAGGCAAAGAGGAUCUUAAUCUCGAUUAUGAAGGUCAAAUUCUGAAAACUCGUGAAACUCUGUUAGAAGAUCAUCGUACUCACUGGAGUGCAGUGAAAAAAAAAUGGCAUCAACAAUCUCACAAAAACGAACAACGCUUUGCCCAAAGUGGUUGUAUACUCUCAACAAUAUUUAAAAGGGCUCAAUCGGAGUUUGAAUAACGAAGACAAUAUAUAAAAUCGAAGAUCAUUAUCAAAUGAAUGAAGACGCAUCAAGAAUCAUCAUUAUACUUUGUGAUGUUCGAUGACUGUGGCGUUUUUGCCCUAAUUUUACGAACAUGUGUAGAUGAUAUGUAUCAUAUAUAAGCGAGGUCAAUAUAUUAUGUUCCCUUGCUUUUCCUGGAUUGUGACACUUUGAAUCGAAAACAAAAAUAUAAAUUUAUUUAUCAAUUA